AUGAAGGCAUUCAAGGUUCUGUUUGCGCUUCUCCUGACUGCAGCAACAAUUGACGGGCAGUCUUUUCAUGUUGGCAAGUGUCCGAAGCCAUCUGUUCAAGAAGACUUCAACGUUACAAAGUAUAUGGGUACCUGGUACGAAAUUGAGAAGCUUCCAGCUGUGUUUGAAAGAGGAACAUGCAACCAAGCUACAUACAGUCUUCAGUCCGAUGGAACAGUCAAAGUUCACAAUGCGGAGCUCCUGUCUGAUGGGACGAUAAACUCGAUUGAGGGAGUUGCCAAAGUUAAAGAACCAUCUCAACCUGCUGUUCUAAGUGUCAACUUCUUUAAAGGUGUUGCAGAUGGUCCCUACUGGGUGCUCUCCACAGAUUACCAGUCCUAUUCUUUGGUGUACUCUUGUUCUGACUUCUUUGGAGUUUUUAACAUUGACUUUGCCUGGAUCCUGGCUCGCACUCGUACGCUGACUGAGGAUGCCAUCAAACAGUUACAUGAGAAGCUGACUGCUGCGGGUGUCAAUGUAAAUCGCCUUGAAGUCUCCAACCAGACUGCUUGUGAUGUUAUGGUUAUGACCUGA